GGGAACCGGCGCUAAGGCCCUAGCGGCAGGACUCGAAAGAAGGGAGCGCCGAGGCCUCUGUUCCCCGCCGGCGUUCCCCAGCCGCCGCCAUGGGGAUCAAAUUUUUAGAAGUUAUCAAGCCUUUCUGUGCAGUGUUACCAGAAAUUCAGAAACCUGAAAGGAAAAUUCAGUUUAGAGAGAAGGUACUUUGGACUGCAAUAACCCUCUUCAUUUUCUUAGUAUGUUGUCAGAUACCACUCUUUGGAAUCAUGUCGUCAGAUUCUGCAGAUCCUUUCUACUGGAUGAGAGUUAUUCUUGCAUCCAACAGAGGAACUUUAAUGGAAUUGGGUAUCUCCCCGAUUGUAACCUCUGGUUUGAUUAUGCAGUUGCUAGCUGGAGCCAAAAUCAUUGAAGUUGGAGAUACCCCCAAAGACAGAGCUCUAUUCAAUGGAGCCCAGAAAUUAUUUGGUAUGAUUAUUACCAUUGGGCAAGCCAUCGUGUAUGUCAUGACGGGCAUGUAUGGAGAUCCUGCUGAAAUGGGUGCUGGAAUCUGUCUCCUUAUCAUUAUUCAGUUGUUUGUUGCUGGUUUGAUUGUGCUGCUGUUAGAUGAGCUGCUACAGAAGGGUUACGGCUUGGGGUCUGGUAUUUCCCUCUUUAUUGCCACCAACAUCUGUGAAACCAUUGUCUGGAAGGCCUUUAGUCCCACUACCAUUAACACUGGCAGAGGUACCGAGUUUGAGGGUGCAGUCAUAGCUCUGUUCCAUUUGCUGGCCACCAGAACAGACAAAGUUCGAGCUUUAAGGGAGGCUUUCUACCGUCAGAAUUUACCCAAUCUGAUGAACCUCAUUGCUACAGUUUUUGUGUUUGCUGUUGUUAUAUAUUUUCAGGGAUUUCGAGUUGAUUUGCCCAUUAAGUCAGCCCGGUACCGAGGACAAUACAGUAGUUAUCCCAUCAAACUCUUUUACACCUCCAACAUUCCCAUAAUCCUUCAGUCUGCCUUAGUGUCAAACCUGUAUGUCAUCUCCCAGAUGCUGUCAGUGCGAUUCAGUGGCAACUUCCUAGUAAAUUUGCUAGGACAGUGGGCUGAUGUCAGUGGAGGAGGACCAGCUCGCUCUUACCCAGUUGGAGGCCUUUGUUACUAUCUUUCUCCUCCAGAGUCCAUGGGCGCCAUAUUUGAAGAUCCUGUCCAUGUCGUUGUCUACAUCGUCUUCAUGUUGGGAUCCUGUGCUUUCUUUUCUAAGACAUGGAUAGAGGUGUCUGGUUCCUCAGCCAAAGAUGUAGCUAAACAGCUUAAAGAACAGCAGAUGGUAAUGAGGGGUCACAGGGAUACCUCUAUGGUUCAUGAGCUUAAUAGGUACAUUCCCACAGCAGCAGCCUUUGGUGGCUUGUGCAUUGGCGCCCUGUCCGUGUUAGCAGACUUCCUAGGGGCCAUUGGAUCUGGCACUGGUAUUUUGCUCGCAGUCACUAUUAUUUACCAGUAUUUUGAAAUAUUUGUUAAGGAACAGGCUGAAGUUGGUGGGAUGGGUGCUUUGUUUUUCUAAAUGUUCACAUAUUUCUGUGUGUGUGAAAGAGAAAACAUUUUGACAUUGUUUUUGUCAAAUAACGCUGGUUCCUCUUUUCUUCCCUGUUUGUUUUCAAGUGCUAACUGCGCCAUUUUGGAAAUGGGCACUGAGCUAAGCCUUUGUGCAGCGUUAGUACAAGCUGCCUUAAAACUAAAGUUUACAUUUUUUGUUCAAAAUGUCCAUCUAUUGUUGCCUGUAAUGCUGGAAACCAAUGUAUCUCCCUUGCUGUGUGAAACCACGACAGUGAGAUGGUGACAUGGAUUCGUUUUGCACACAACAUUCAGUACACAAGAUUUCUCCCACUUGUUGAAAAAAAUAAAUGUAUUUCAAAUCGCCACUUUCCAGUAUUUUUGAGCUUAUUUAAUGAGUUCUGGAACAUUUAUAUCCAAUCUCUAUUUUAGAUAAUCAGUUUUUAUACUUUCUUAACUCAUAGCAUCUAUAUUCCCUCCCCUUCAUACCCCUCACCCACUUUUAUUUGGCCCCUUUUAAAGCAGCCACUUAGCCCAGAUGGGCAAAAUUAAGCUUCAAAAUUCUAUGUCUGAAGUAAGACACUGCUUCUAAUUCCUCUUCCUGUUUUCCGUUUAGUUCUUCCCGGUGACAGCAGAAGCAGUGCUGUUUUACGGUAUUGGCUAUGCCUUCUAAUUCCAACAGGUCACUUGAGAAUACUUUCAAGAUAUUAUGCCCCAAUUCUUUUUUUAAACUCCUAAAGAAAAGAUCAAAUUCUCAAGCAACAUUUGUAGUUCCGUGGGGGUGAACAAUAAGUAAUUCAUGCUAGGAAUUUGUGUAUGUUGUACUUACAGCAGCAACUUAAGUAUAAACAGUAGACAAUAAACUUUUAUUUAGUAAAAUGGUUUCAGUUGUGUUAGACAAAUAAAGAAAAUCUGGUAUU